ACAGAGAGAUCCCCAAAUUCUCUUUUUUAACAAGGAAGAAAAGAAAGCUUAACCAAAAAAGUGCAGAAAACAACAAACAAACCGCGAUAAUUCAGUGGUUCCUUAGUUCUAUUUUGGUAUAUUUUUCGGACAAAUCUAAGAUAAAUACUAUAAUUAGCAAACACCGUUCAAUUUGUUCCGCUACAAAUACGCAGUAUUUUUUGGGUUUUUUCUCUUUCCAUUUCCUGAAUUUCUUCAUUUUCCCAGGAAUUGUGUUAUUUUUUUUAUCUGGGUUUUUAGAAUGGGAGAUUGUUUGGUGGUGCAUACGGAUCGUCUUGUGAAGGCUAAUGGAGCUGAGAUUAUGGAUGGGAAGAAUCCUGAAAUGGUGGGGUCUUCGUCGGCAAUUGCUGUAGAUGAGAAGAAGGUGCUGGAGGAGGAGGAGGAGGAGGAGGGUGAUGAGGAGGUGCCGUUAAUUGGUAAAGCAGAGUGCAGGAUUUGCCAGGAGGAGGAUUCUUUGGACAAGUUGGAGAGCCCAUGUGCUUGCAGUGGAAGUCUCAAGUACACACACCGAACAUGUGUUCAACACUGGUGCAAUGAGAAGGGGGAUAUUACUUGUGAGAUUUGCCAUCAGCAAUACCAGCCUGGUUACACUGUUCCUCCUCGACCUGUGGCUGAAGAGACAAUUAUUGAUAUUGGGGGAGGAUGGCAAAUCUCUGGCACUCCUUUGAAUUUACAUGAUCCUCGCGUCUUGGCAAUUGCAGAGGCUGAACGCCAACUUCUGGAAGCUGAAUAUGAUGAUUACAAUUCUGCAAAUGCAAGUGGUGCAGCAUUCUGUCGAUCUGCUGCUUUAAUUUUGAUGGCUCUUCUACUCUUGCGCCAUGCAUUACCAAUGACAGAAACGGAUGGAGAUGAUGAAGAUCCAACUGCUUUCUUUUCGCUUUUCUUACUUCGGGCAGUUGGCUUUCUUUUACCCUGCUACAUCAUGCUCUGGGCCAUCAGCAUUUUGCAGCAGCGCAGGCAAAGAGAGGAAGCUGCAGCAUUGGCAGCAACACAAUUUGCAGUUGUGUUACACUCUGGACAGCCGAGAAGUGUACAGUUUACCAUAGCAUCAGCUGCACCAGCAACACCAGCAGCGCCUGCUUCAGUGGAUAACGUUUAAACAAUAAGACGAUCGCGCUUGAUCUCUUAUUUUGAAGCUAAAUCCUGCCUUAUGCUUGAUUUGUAUCUGUAUUAUGAACAAUAUCACCAUGUCUCAUCUUUUACUAAAAAAAUUAUGUGUCACUAAGUUGUAUAUUAAUCGUAUCAUUUAACAUCUAUGUAUGACAUUUUUGAUUAACCUUU